UCCGGGAGGCGCCUCCGGGCGGAGGCGGGGCCGCUGCUCAUCCGGCACCGGGAGACCCGAACUCCUCGCCGGCGGCCCCGUGGGCCCCCUGAUGAGGCUUCCCUCGUUCAUCCGACCCAACCUCACGUGCCCCAGGACAUCCCCCCGAAAUGAUUGCAGACGCCGGUCUAGGGCCCUGCACCCCAUCCUCUCGUCCCUGACCGAAACCACGCCCAGUUACUCCCCACCACGGCCACUGCCUGGUGCUUACUGCUCAGCAUUAAAUGACGUAACAGGAGGAAGGCACUCUCCAAGGAGUCACCUCCUUCACAGAGAAGAAAAAGCCCCAAAUGAGAACCCUCUCACCUGCACCCACCAAGCCCACAAUCACUAGAUCCUGGGCCCUCCUCCCUGGAGCACUGAGGCCGUCCCGGGUCCAUCACCCCACCUGCCACCCCAGGACUGUGAGAGCAUGGGAGGAUCCUGGGACAGUGUCCCCAGGUCCACGAAGGGCAUGAAACGGCGUCACACUGAGCUACGUUUCCAGCUCGGAACGCACCACUUCCUACACUAACCCCGGGAAAAUGAAGCUUCCUCUCCCUGCGAAUCCUGGACCCUGAACUUGACCAUUAUGAGGAUCUCUGCACAGAGUGAUGUCCGAUCCGGGGCUUUGAAUGGCUGUUCAUGGCACCGCGCCACUCGGAUGGGACCUUCACCAGCGAGCUCAGCCGCCUGCGGGAGAGCGCGCGUCUGCAGCGACUGCUGCAGGGCCUGGUGGGGAAGCGCAGCGAGCUGGACACAGAGAACAGCACGAGCUGGACCAAGUCGUCUGAGGGCCGCUUCUGCCUGCAGUGGCCCCACUCGCCUGCCCUGCAGGCCUGGAUGCCCCUGAGGGACCCCCUGGAUGAGGCCUGGUCUCCCCAGCUGCCUCCUGGACCCGGGUCUGGGGCCGCAUUUUCACAGCCGGCCAUGCCUCCUGCUGAGAUGUCAAGGAUGAGGCCCUGAGGAAGAAGGAGCCUCCCCCACUGUCUGCAAGGGGAGCACCGUGGAGUCCAGGCCAGGGAGGGGUGGAGCGGGAGGAGGAGGGGUUGCACCUGUCACCAAUAAAGGAGGAAUUCAGAC